AUGUUCACUUCCACCAACACUACUUUCGGAACGAGCCCUUUCCACAUCUUCUUGAAACAUGCUGGACCAUCAACUUUACAAUCUCGAGCUCGAACAUUAACUUCUACUGCUAAGAGAUCAGCUAGAACACAUGGCAGCUUGAGUCAUUAUGAUGUAUUGAAGUUGUCAAAGAACUCGACAAAGCAGCAGAUAAAAGCUAGGUUCUAUGAGCUAUCCAAGCAAUAUCAUCCAGAUGCCAAAGGUGGAGACACAGCGAAAUUCCACGAGAUAAACGAUGCCUAUGCUGUAUUAGGUGACGAUAGCAAACGUCGUCAAUACGAUACGUCACUCACACCUGCAUCCCAUCACUCACAUCCAUCCCGUACUCAUCAACCCUACGGCCACGGUCACGGUCACUCAUCGUUCUCACCUCGUGAUCCCUAUUUACAUCGAGCAGCCCAAGGUCCCCAUCGAGCAUGGUCGAAUACCAACUCUACAGCUUACAAAACUGGUCAAGCGCCCCGAACGGAAAACUACCAACCGUUUGGUAGAAAGACACCGCCGAAUUUCCAGUAUACUUACGAAUACGAUCUCAACUAUAAUCCCAAUGCUCGAACUGCCAAACCUGGGGGUAAACGCAAAACGGGAGAGGACGGCGAAGGCGAGGGAGAAGGAGGUGGGGGAGGUGGGGUAUGGAAGUUUUUGGUUACGGUCGGAUUGAUAUUUACUGUUAUCUCUCUUGGAGGUGGGUUAACGGCUAAUUCGCAGGGGUCAUAUGAUUGGGAAAUAGUACAGAGCAGAUGGGAUGAAGAAAUAGAUGAUAGACCAGGAAUACAGGAUAGAGAUGAGGUAGCCGAUUGA